AUGGAUAAUUAUCGGCCAAAACGUUUAUGCCAUGGAAAAAAUAGUGAAAACUAUAAAUUCACUGUAGUCGAUACUACAUAUGAAGAAAAUAUUAGUACAAUUCACGAUUUGUGUUGUGAUGUUUGGCAUCAAAUAUUUAAUUAUUUUAAGAUGAUGAACUUAUUCAAAACAUUUGCAUCUAUCACCGUCGCAAGUGAUCAAGUAUUACUGAAUGCAAACAAUCAUUUUCUUUUUCGGGGACUUACGCUUCACGUUGCUACUAGAAAUCUUCCAGAACAAAUUUAUUUCAAUCGUAUCAUCUCACUCACACUUCAUGAAACAGCAUAUCUUACAAUUAUUGAACAUUGUUCGGCACUUCGAUCAUUGAAACUAGUUGGGACAACCGAAUGGAUCACAUCUAUAAUCAGAACAAUCAUUCAAAGAAGCAUAAAACUGGAACAGUUUACUGUUAAUAUCGACAGAGUUGCAUCUCUGUCAGAAUUACUUAAAUCUAUUUUGUCUAUUUUAUCAUUGCGUCGAGUAGAAGUUUGGGCCGAUGAAUUAGCGGAAAUUGGGAAACUCUGCACUGUAGCUGUGAUACCAAGUAAAGUCGAACAGUUCAUCAUGAGCACAUGUUCGACAGUUGAGUGGAAUGACUUAUUCCAUAUGUCACCUUAUUUUGUUAAUAUUCAUUUACUGAGUAUUGGCUCAAUAAAUAAUAAUCAAAAGUCAAUGCCUUCAUUUAUUUGUCAUAACCUUCAUACACUUAUCCUUGAACUACAUGAAGUAUCAUUUAACUGGAUCGCUCAACUUGUGGCCACGAUACCUUGUCUCAUGAAACUUGAACUAUAUGGUCUUGUCGAUGAUGAAGGCUUUAUUAUCAAUCAAGGAUGGACACAUUUGUUUAAAUCGAUGCCAACCCUUGUUCGGAUAUUUGUUAGUCUAUCUGUGGAGCAAGGUAGAGCAUCUUACCAGAGUGAAAAAAUUCAAGCAAUUUUACGUAUUUUUAAUUUAAAUCUUACAUGCAACGAUGAUGAAAAUGAUUAUUAUCUAUCUCAUGGAAAUGUACACCGAUGGUGGAAUUUAAGAGGAACAAUCAGUAGACAACAAAGUUAUAUUCAAUCCGUUGAAACAACUAUGAAAGGAUACUAA